UAAAUACGGCUACAUUAGUAUUUGGAAUACUCGAGUAGUCUACCAAGUGCAAUACAUAAAUCAUAACAACUACCACUUGGAAAAGCAACAUGAACACCAGAGCAAACGUGAGGAGCUGCAACAAGACUUAUAGACGAGGAGUAGGAAUUGCUGUCUUGGUUACUAUUGCUAUCGCAGCAAUGUUUCUGGUCAGGACUGUGUUGAUGCUACAGAAUUCACCAUUUACAGGGACCAUGAUGCAGCAAAAGAUAGCCGACCCAUCCAAACCGAAUGAUCCUAGUCUAGAAGGUCUAUUAAAGCGUCAAUCAACAACGCUUGAAGAUGCGGUGCAGAAAUAUCAACUUAAACUCGGCAGGUCUCCACCAAAAGGCUAUGCUGACUGGUUCACAAGUGCCAUAGAAAAAAAAUGUUUGAUUGACGAUUAUGAUAUUAUAUGGGAAGACCUUGCUCCAUAUCACCAAUUGGGUGGCAACGAGUUUCGUCGUCGUUUGGAUAUUCUCAAAGAUGGCACUCAUAGAGUCUUCAAUGUACAUAUCAAAGACGGCACUGCUGAUGCUGGUGGAAAGUGGAAUCCUAUUUUUAAAAACGCAAUUCGUGACAUGGAUCUUGUUUUAAACGAGCUGGAUGAACCUCGCAUUCUGUUCAAUUCAAAUAGAGAUGGUCCUAGAAUGGUCACUGCACUAGCCGAUCCCAACAAACUUUCGAGCGAGAGUCCAAAUUGGUUUAGGGCUAAUGGAGGCGAGCAUUUGCAACUCAUGAAAGAUAGCUGUCACGUUUAUAGUCCUACUAAACCACUCCAGCAACCACACGAAUUCCAUGGAUAUCUGCAAUGGCCCAUGUCCAAUAUUUAUACUCGUAUGCUACUUCCUAUCUUGUCUCAAUCGCGGAUAUCAAACUGUUUUAAAGACAUUUUAAUACCGUCCAUCUACUACUAUCAUCUAUAUGCAGGAGGAUCUUCACAAGCGGAUAGCUAUCCAUGGCAGAAUAGACUACCCAAAGCAUACUGGCGUGGAUCAACAACUGGUGGAUGGAAUCAGAAUGGGAAUUGGAAAACGUUCCAUCGAAUGAGAAUGAUAGAUGCGAUUCAAAAAAAACCUGAGCUCUAUGAUGUUGCUUUGACUGAUGCAAUCCAAUGCGAGCCAGAUGACUGUAAUGAAAUGACUAAGCAGUUUCAUAUGGUCAGCCACGAGCCAUUCGAGACUGUAUACAAGUACAAAUACGCUUUGGAUGUGGACGGAAACACAUUUAGUGGUAGAUUUUUCAGGCUACUCGAAUCUCAGACUCUAGUAUUCAAAGCUACCAUCUUUGAUGAAUUUUUCCAAAGAUGGAUUGUUCCAUGGGAACACUAUAUUCCAAUUGAAAUGGAUUUUAGUGAUCUGGAUCAAAAGAUUGAAUGGGCCAAAAACAAUGAUGACAGGGCCAGACGUAUUGCCGAAAAUGGACGACGAUUUGCUGAGCGUAUUCUCAACAAACCUCAGAUGGAAUGCUACACAGAGUUGCUGUUGCUGGAAUUUUCCAGUCUCUUGUAUGACGUUAAAUAAAUACGAUAAUAUUCUAUCAGUG